AUGGCGACAAUCUACUCAUCGCACCCAUUAUCUAUCUUAUCACGGUCUGUUCAUAUCUAUCUAUCUAUCUAUAUAUCUAUCUUAAUUUUUCAUAUCUAUCUAUCUAUCUAUCUCUCUAUCUUAGUUUUUCAUAUCUAUCUAUCUAUCUAUCUAUCUAUCUAUCUAUCUAUCUCAGCUUUUCAUAUCAAUCUAUCUAUAUUUGUCUUUUCAUAUCUAUCUCAGGUUUUCAUAUCUAUCUAUCAUUUUUUGUCUUUUCAUAUCUAUCAAUCUAUCUCAGUCCCUUCAGGAUCUAUCAAUCUAUCUAUCGAUUUAUCUCGGUCUGUUCAUAUCUAUAUAUCUAUGUACGUUAGUCUCAUCAUGAUCUAUCUAUCUAUCUAUCUAUCUAUCUAUCUAUCUAUCUAUUUAUCUAUUUUUCACAGCCUUCUCAUAUCUAUGAAUCUAUCUUGGUCUGUUCAGAUCUAUCUAUCUAUCUAUCUGUCUGUCUCUAUCGAUCUAUCUCGGUCUGUUCAUAUCUAUGUAUCUAUCUAUCUUAGUGUCUUCAUGAUCUAUCUAUCUAUCUAUCUCAGUCUUUCCAUGAUCUAUCAGACUAUAGAUCUACCUCGUUCUGAUCAUAUCUAUCUAUCUAUCUAUCUAUCUAUCUAUCUAUUUCUAGCCGAACUCUGUCUGGACAUCGUUCAUGUCUUCCCCUUUUACAUUAUCUAUCUAUCUACGUCUGUUUUUUGCUAUCUAUCUGUCUGUCUAUCUAUCUAUCUAUCUCGGUCUGUUCAUAUCUAUCUUUCUGUCCAUCUUUCUAUCUAUCUAUUUCGGUCUGUUCAUAUCUAUCUAUCUUUCUGUCCAUCUUUCUAUCUAUCUAUCGAUCUAUCUCACUUACAUAUCUAUCUAUCUAUCUAUCUAUCUAUGUACGUAUGCUCUUUAUCUAUCUAUCUAUCUAUCUAUCUAUCUAUCUAUCUAUCUAUGUACGUCUGCUCUUUAUCUAUAUAUCUAUCUCAGUCUGUUGCUAUCUAUCUAUCUUUCUAUCCAUCAUUUUAUCUAUCUAUCUAUCGAUCUAUCUCACAUAUCUAUCUAUCUAUCUAUCUAUCGAUUGAUCGAUCUAUCGUCUGCUCUUUAUCUCUCUCUCUAUCUAUCUAUGUACGUCUGCUCUUUAUCUAUCUAUCUAUCUCGGUCUGUUCAUAUCUAUCUUUCUGUCCAUCUUUCUAUCUAUCUAUCUAUUUCGGUCUGUUCAUAUCUAUCUAUCUUUCUGUCCAUCUUUCUACCUAUCUAUCGAUCUAUCUCAUUAACAUAUCUAUCUAUCUAUCUAUCAAUGUACGUAUGCUCUUUAUCUAUCUAUCUAUCUAUCUAUCUAUGUACGUCUGCUCUUUAUCUAUAUAUCUAUCUCAGUCUGUUGCUAUCUAUCUAUCUUUCUAUCCAUCAUUUUAUCUAUCUAUCUAUCGAUCUAUCUCACAUAUCUAUCUAUCUAUCUAUCUAUCGAUUGAUCGAUCUAUCGUCUGCUCUUUAUCUAUCUCUCUAUCUAUCUAUGUACGUCUGCUCUUUAUCUAUCUAUCUAUCUCGGUCUGUUCAUAUCUAUCUUUCUGUCCAUCUUUCUAUCUAUCUAUCUAUUUCGGUAUGUUCAUAUCUAUCUAUCUUUCUGUCCAUCUUUCUAUCUAUCUAUCGAUCUAUCUCACUUACAUAUCUAUCUAUCUAUCUAUCUAUGUACGUAUGCUCUUUAUCUAUCUAUCUAUCUAUCUAUCUAUCUAUCUAUCUAUGUACGUCUGCUCUUUAUCUAUCUAUCUAUCUCAGUCUGUUGCUAUCUAUCUAUCUUUCUAUCCAUCAUUUUAUCUAUCUAUCUAUCGAUCUAUCUCACAUAUCUAUCUAUCUAUCUAUCUAUCUAUCUAUCGAUUGAUCGAUCUAUCGUCUGCUCUUUAUCUAUCUCUCUAUCUAUCAAUGUACGUCUGCUCUUUAUCUAUCUAUCUAUCUCGGUCUGUUCAUAUCUAUCUUUCUGUCCAUCUUUCUAUCUAUCUAUCUAUUUCGGUAUGUUCAUAUCUAUCUAUCUUUCUGUCCAUCUUUCUAUCUAUCUAUCGAUCUUUCUCACUUACAUAUCUAUCUGUCUAUCUAUCUAUCUAUGUACGUCUGCUCUUUAUCUAUCUAUCUAUCUAUCUCAGUCUAUUCCUAUCUAUCUAUCUUUCUAUCCAUCAUUCUAUCUAUCUAUCGAUCUAUCUCACAUAUCUAUCUAUCUAUCUAUCGAUUGAUCGAUCUAUCGUCUGCUCUUUAUCUAUCUAUCUAUCUAUCUCAGUCUGUUCUAUCUAUCUUUCUAUCCAUCAUUCUACCUAUCUAUCGAUCUAUCUCACAUAUUUUUCUAUCUAUCUAUCGGUCGAUCGAUCUAUCUAUCUACUUCUGCUCUUUAUCUAUCUAUCUAUCUAUCUCGGUCUGUUCCUAUCUAUCUAUCUAUUUAUCUUUCUAUACCUUACGCUCUUUCCCUCUUACUUUCUCUUCCUGUUACUCUAUCUCUCUUGCUUUCACUCUCAAUAUACCACCCUUUGUAUCCCACUCUAUCUCUUUCUUUGCCACCCUUAUUCCUCUCUCUCCCUCUCUCUCUCUCUCUCUUUCAGCUUUCUCUCAUUUUCUGCCCCAUGUUUUUUUUACUUCCCUUCUUUCUUUACUCUUUCUUUCUUUGUCUUCUUCUGCACUAAAAUAUCUCCCUUUCUUUACAUCCCACCAUCCAUCUCUCUCUCUUCCCCCCUCUCUCUCUCUCUCUCUCUCUCUCUCUCCAAACCAUUCCAUAUUAAUCACUUACCCACAAGAUAG